AUGAUCCGAGGCAGUGUGCUUUACACUGGGGAGAAUCAACAGGAGAAACAGGUUGUCUACUCAUCCUGUUUGCAAGCUUCCUCAAGACACCUGGAUUCCCACAGUAAGGACUUCAAUACUGGACUGGGUGAGCGACUGGCCAGAUCCAGCUGGGCUCGGCUCAUGUGCCGAAGCCUGCAACGCAUCACGGAGGAAAGGAAACGGCUUUCUAAGAAGCUAUGGCUGGGGCACCAGAGCAUUUACCUGAGGUGGAGCCAGAACCCCCACUGCCUGGAAGAGCAGCCAUUCUUGGUGGAGAUCCUCUCCGACUGUGACCGGGGUAAGGUGGACUGUCCUCCUCCUCUACCCCCCAAGACCCGAGGCCUGGUGGAGCUCCCAUGUUCUCCAGACGCGUCUCAAGAGGAUUACCUGGUACUGGACGACGACUUGGUGCCCUCCAGCCCCAGAGAGGGUCAUUCUCUGCUUUCCGUGGACGGUGCCACGGGUGAGAGUGCAGGGGAUGUAGCAGCAGAGACCCGGGAGCCGAGCCAGGCUUCUUCGAGCUUCGAGUACACAGUGCUUGACCCCAGCUCGGAGCGCCUCACCCCUUGGGACCGUCAGGCAGAGCCCCAGCUCAAGAGCACCUACCGGAUGGUGUCUGACUCUGGCAUCUCCGCUGACUACAGCCCUGUGGGCUCCAAUGUCGGCCAGGCGAGCUUGUACACCAACCUCUGCGAAGGGGGAAUACAGCCGCCUCCCUUCCUGCCCAGCUACAUUGUAUGCUCAUAGCCACGGCAGACGCUGGGCCUUGACCCAGAAGAACGGGGGGUAUCAAGAACCUGACUCUGCUUUUCCUGGUUUCGAUGAAGUUCUAGAGGAAGACAGCGAAGACGUGCAACUUCCACAGCUGUGACUGUUCCCAGCUCCUUCCUGCAGGGAGGAAAGCGUGAAGGGAACGGUGUCGUGACUAUACAGAGACUUUGGAGGCGUUCCUCAUAUUGUUUUCUCGAAUGGUCAAAAUCUCGAGGAAGUUCUUUGUGAAGCUGAGGGGGGGCGGGUGGGGGAGGGGUUGGCAGGCUUGGGGUUCUUCCGUCUGCCUGAACGGAGUGCAAAGGGCAAUACCACCCAACAGCCCGCCUACCCCUCACGCCCUGACUUCCGAGCCUGCCAGGAGCUCACCACUUUUCCCCUUCCAGUCCACCUUCUUGGACCACAGGGCGCAUUUCCAUAGUUUGUUCUCUGAACAAAAGCAGCCUGCAUAAGAAGGGAAUCCUUCGACUGAAGAGUCCUAGCUUCUUAGGAAGUCAGGUUCAGGGGUUACAGCCAGUGGUGGGAUUCAAAUAAUUUAACUACCUGUUCUGGUGGUGGGAUUCAAAUAAUUUAACUGGUUGUCGAAGGCUUUCAC